AGGGUGUGGGUGGGCCCAGAUCCAGCCUGCCUCUCGCUCUCCCUCGCCUGCCAAUCCCCUCCUGGGCCCUGGCACACUCGAGGCAGGGGCUUGGCGGCCGCCUCCUCCGGGGGUGGGGAGCAGGGGAGCUCUUGUGUGUCUCUGAGUGAGGGGGCCGAGGCAGCAACACCCCCACCCCAGCUGUGGCCGGAGCUGCAGGCUUUGUCAUUUCACUGGUUUGAGGCCUACACCUGGAGCAGUGGGUUCAGAGGACCCCUCAAGCCUGCCGGCUCUGCAGCCAAAUGGAGCUGCUUCAUGGGGUGGGGGAGAGAGCCACCUCACUCCUGCUUCAGUGUGGCCGCGGCCUGUGGCCGUGGCCGUGGCCGUGGUCAUGGCCUCUCCCCGCAGGCCAGAGCCAACGAGGCCUGCAGCCUGGCCACAGCCUGAGCUCAGGGCCCAGACUUCUCCGGGCCCAGGCGCCAGUCCUGAAGCGAGGUGGAGCCAUCGAAGCCCCCACCCACAGGCCGCAGGAGGCAGCGUUCACCAGAGGGCUCCACACCGGGAUCUAUGUUUAAGUUUUAACUCUCGCCUCCAAAGACCACGAUAAUUCCUUCCCCAAAGCCCAGCAGCCCCCCAGCCCCGCGCAGCCCCAGCCUGCCUCCCGGCGCCCAGCCGCCCGCCAUGCCCUCCAGCGGCCCCGGGGACACCAGCAGCUCUGCUGCGGAGCGGGAGGAGGACCGAAAGGAUGGAGAGGAGCAGGAGGAGCCUCGUGGCAAGGAGGAGCGCCAAGAGCCCAGCACCACGGCCCGGAAGGUGGGGCGGCCUGGGAGGAAGCGCAAGCACCCCCCGGUGGAAAGCAGUGACACGCCAAAGGACCCUGCGGUGACCUCCAAGUCCCCAUCCAUGGCCCAGGACUCAGGCCCCUCAGAGCUGUUACCCAACGGGGACUUGGAGAAGCGGAGUGAGCCCCAGCCAGAGGAGGGGAGCCCUGCUGGGGGGCAGAAGGGCGGGUCCCCAGCAGAGGGAGAGGGUGCAGCUGAGACCCCGUCAGAAGCGUCAAGAGCAGUGGAGAAUGGCUGCUGCACCCCCAAGGAGGGCCGAGGAGCUGCUGCAGAAGAGGGCAAAGAACAGAAGGAGACCAACAUCGAAACCAUGAAAAUGGAGGGCUCCCGGGGCCGGCUGCGGGGUGGCUUGGGCUGGGAGUCCAGCCUCCGUCAGCGGCCCAUGCCACGGCUCACCUUCCAGGCGGGGGAUCCGUACUACAUCAGCAAGCGCAAGCGGGAUGAGUGGCUGGCACGCUGGAAAAGGGAGGCUGAGAAGAAAGCCAAGGUUAUUGCAGUAAUGAAUGCUGUGGAAGAAAAUCAGGGUUCCGGGGAGUCUCAGAAGGUGGAGGAGGCCAGCCCUCCUGCUGUGCAGCAGCCCACUGACCCCGCAUCCCCCACUGUGGCCACCACGCCAGAGCCCGUGGGGGCCGAUGCUGGGGACAAGAAUGCCACCAAAGCAGGCGAUGAUGAGCCGGAGUACGAGGACGGCCGGGGCUUUGGCAUUGGGGAGCUGGUGUGGGGGAAACUGCGGGGCUUCUCCUGGUGGCCAGGCCGCAUUGUGUCUUGGUGGAUGACGGGCCGGAGCCGAGCAGCUGAAGGCACCCGCUGGGUCAUGUGGUUCGGAGACGGCAAGUUCUCAGUGGUGUGUGUUGAGAAGCUGAUGCCGCUGAGCUCGUUUUGCAGUGCGUUCCACCAGGCCACGUACAACAAGCAGCCCAUGUACCGCAAAGCCAUCUAUGAGGUCCUGCAGGUGGCCAGCAGCCGUGCGGGGAAGCUGUUCCCAGUGUGCCACGACAGCGACGAGAGUGACACUGCCAAGGCCGUGGAGGUGCAGAACAAGCAGAUGAUUGAAUGGGCCCUGGGGGGCUUCCAGCCCUCUGGUCCCAAGGGCCUGGAGCCACCAGAAGAGGAGAAGAAUCCCUAUAAAGAAGUGUACACGGACAUGUGGGUGGAACCUGAGGCAGCUGCCUACGCACCACCUCCACCAGCCAAAAAGCCCCGGAAGAGCACAACAGAGAAGCCCAAGGUCAAGGAGAUCAUCGAUGAGCGCACAAGAGAGCGGCUGGUGUACGAGGUGCGGCAGAAGUGCCGGAACAUCGAGGACAUCUGCAUCUCCUGUGGAAGUCUAAACGUCACCCUGGAACACCCCCUCUUCAUUGGAGGAAUGUGCCAAAACUGCAAGAACUGCUUUCUGGAGUGUGCAUACCAGUAUGACGACGACGGCUAUCAGUCCUACUGCACCAUCUGCUGCGGGGGCCGAGAGGUGCUCAUGUGCGGGAACAACAACUGCUGCAGGUGCUUUUGCGUGGAAUGUGUGGACCUCUUGGUGGGGCCGGGGGCUGCCCAGGCAGCCAUUAAGGAAGACCCCUGGAACUGCUACAUGUGUGGGCACAAGGGCACCUACGGGCUGCUGCGGCGGCGAGACGACUGGCCCUCCCGGCUCCAGAUGUUCUUCGCUAAUAACCACGACCAGGAAUUUGACCCCCCAAAGGUUUACCCACCUGUCCCAGCUGAGAAGAGGAAGCCCAUCCGGGUGCUGUCUCUCUUUGACGGAAUUGCUACAGGGCUCCUGGUGCUGAAGGACUUGGGCAUUCAGGUGGACCGCUACAUUGCCUCGGAGGUGUGUGAGGACUCCAUCACGGUGGGCAUGGUGCGGCACCAGGGGAAGAUCAUGUACGUCGGGGACGUCCGCAGCGUCACACAGAAGCAUAUCCAGGAGUGGGGCCCAUUCGAUCUUGUGAUUGGGGGCAGUCCCUGCAAUGACCUCUCCAUUGUCAACCCUGCUCGCAAGGGCCUCUACGAGGGCACUGGCCGGCUCUUCUUUGAGUUCUACCGCCUCCUGCAUGAUGCGCGGCCCAAGGAGGGAGAUGACCGCCCCUUCUUCUGGCUCUUUGAGAAUGUGGUGGCCAUGGGCGUUAGUGACAAGAGGGACAUCUCACGAUUUCUCGAGUCCAACCCUGUGAUGAUUGAUGCCAAAGAAGUGUCAGCUGCACACAGGGCCCGCUACUUCUGGGGUAACCUUCCCGGUAUGAACAGGCCGUUGGCAUCCACUGUGAAUGAUAAGCUGGAGCUGCAGGAGUGUCUGGAGCAUGGAAGGAUAGCCAAGUUCAGCAAAGUGAGGACCAUUACUACGAGGUCAAACUCCAUAAAGCAAGGCAAAGACCAGCAUUUCCCCGUCUUCAUGAAUGAGAAAGAGGACAUCCUAUGGUGCACUGAAAUGGAAAGGGUAUUUGGUUUCCCUGUCCACUAUACUGACGUCUCCAACAUGAGCCGCUUGGCGAGGCAGAGACUGCUGGGCCGGUCAUGGAGCGUGCCAGUCAUCCGCCACCUCUUCGCUCCGCUGAAGGAGUAUUUUGCGUGUGUGUAAGGGACAUGGGGGCAAACUGAGGUAGCGACACAAAGCUAAACAAACAAAAAAACACAAAACAUAAUAAAACACCGAGAACGUGAGGAUGGAGAGAAGUAUCAGCACCCAGAAGAGAAAAAGGAAUUUAAAACAAAAACCACAGAGGCGGAAAUACCGGAGGGCUUUGCCUUGCGAAAAGGGUUGGACAUCAUCUCCUGAUUUUUCAAUGUUAUUCUUCAGUCCUAUUUAAAAACAAAACCAAGCUCCCUCCCCUUCCUCCCCCUCCCGCUCCUUUUUUUUUUUUUUUUCCCGAUCAGACCUUUUGUUUUCUACUCUUUUCAGAGGGGUUUUCUGUUUGUUUGGGUUUUGUUUCUUGCUGUGACUGAAACAAGGUUAUUUCAGCAAAAACCAGUAACAAAAAAUAGUAACAAUACCUUGCAGAGGAAAGGUGGGAGAGAGGAAAAAAGGAAAUUCUAUAGAAAUCUAUAUAUUGGGUUUUUUUUUUUGUUGUUUUGUUUUGUUUUGUUUUGUUUUUUUACUAUAUAUCUUUUUUUGUCUCUAGCCUGAUCAGAUAGGAGCACAAGCAGGGGACGGACAGAGAGAGACACUCAGGCGGCCGCAUUCCCUCCCAGCCACUGAGCUGUCGUGCCCGCACCAUUCCUGGUCACGCAAAACAGAACCCAGUUAGCAGCAGGGAGACGAGAACACCACACAAGACACUUUUCUACAGUAUUUCAGGUGCCUACCACACAGGAAACCUUGAAGAAAAUCAGUUUCUAGAAGCCGCUGUUACCUCUUGUUUACAGUUUAUAUAUAUAUGAUAGAUAUGAGAUAUAUAUAUAAAAGGUACUGUUAACUACUGUACAACCCGACUUCACAAUGGUGCUUUCAAACAGCGAGAUGAGUAAAAACAUCAGCUUCCACGUGGCCUUCUGCGCAAAGGGUUUCACCAAGGAUGGAGGAAGGGAGACAGCUUGCAGAUGGUGCAUUCUCACGGUGGGCUCUUCCCCUUGGUUUGCCACAGAGUGAAGGAGGAGAACCCGGGAGCCGUGUUCUCCCGUUUCUCCGUGCCAAAAAGGGGGUUAGAUGAGGUGGUCGGGACCGUGGACAGCUGAGAGUGGAAUUCAUCCAGACUCAUGCAAUAACCUUUUGAUUUUUUUCUAAAAGGAGACUCCCUCGGCAACCUGGCAGGGUACGGAGUCUUCAGGCCCAAUUUCUCACUUUAGCCGAUUCGAGGGCUCCUUGUGGUGGGAUCAGAACUAAUCCAGAGUGUGGGAAAGUGACAGUCAAAACCCCACCUGGAGCAAAUAAAAAAACAUACAAAACGUA